AUGUCUGAGCCACUGACGUCUCUCAGCACAGACGCAGUGAGCUCAACACCGGACAUUGUGACCUGUGAGGACGAUGGGAGGUUUUUCUCGUCUCUGCAGGAGUUCAUUGAACAAGAGAAGCGGUGUCUCCGGUGUCCGGAGGACCGACCGGACCGGCUCCGGUACGUCCUCUACCGCCACGUGUUCAGCAAGGUGAUUGGACGAGCAACGACCUAUAAGAGACUUCUGCUGACCAUAAAGUCGGAGUAUGAUGAUGUAAUCCGGGAGCUGCAGAGGAGGGAGGAGGAGGCCAAGAUGGCUCGGUGGACGCUGGGGGCCUUAACGUCACACCCAAAAUCCCUAAUAACCUGCCAGAGACGAGCCGCCCACCUGAGGGAGAGAAUCUGUUUAACUAAAAGGGAAACAGCAGAACUUCAAGAGGAGAUGAAGAGACAGAAAUCAUCUCUUGAGCGGAGCACAUGGAUACCUGGUUUGACGGUAGCUGAAUCCAAGGAUCCAGACGCUCUGGACAAACACCUGAAGCAUCUUGAAUCCCAGAGAGCUGCUCUACUGGACAGGAAGAGUCACUGCGUCUCUCUGGAGGUCCAAGCUGAGCUGGACGCCGAGCUGCAGAACGCCAAGGACCACAGAGACCAGCUGAGCACCCAGAACAACCAACUGAAAGUCCUAUAUAAGCGUCUGAGAUUAGUUUCUGACUGUCUGUCCAGCUGGGCGGAAGAGAAGCAGCAGGUUCCUCUGGAGGAACUCUUGGGUUCCACACUGGAGAACAUCAGACAGACUGGCGUGACAGAGGAUGAAGGCCAAAGCAUCGACACCAAACUGUUCGAGCAUGAAGAGCCGACCGGAGUCGACGAGUCUAAACUCCUGUCAGAUUACCUGAACAGGUUCAUUGAGCUCUUCGAUUCGGCUCAGUACGAGGAAGCUGCUCUCCUCGCUGCUAGAUCUCCUCGAGGAGUCCUGAGGAACCUCGACACCAUGGAGAUGUUUAAAGGUGUGAAGAGGCCCCUGGGCUCUCUCCCCCCUCUCUUCCUCUUCCUCCAGGCCUUACUGGUGACCGCCCCGGCCGGUGAGAAGCUGUCGGCUGCUCUCUCCCUGCAGCUCGUCCACUGUUCCCUGCAGCAAGGAGCCACGCAGCUGAUCACCCACGCUGUCAACAACAACAAACUGACCUUCUCUGAGGAUAUGGGCGACAUCCUGACUGAGCAUGCUCAGAAGAAACCCGGCGUGGCUGACGUGUGUCUGGCGUUGGCCACCACCGUCUACAAGGCCUGCAGGCUGGACAGGAAGACCGCACUGAGCAUGUGCAGGAGAGGCUUCAUCCACAGCGCCGCCGAGUUCAUGAACCACUGCCAGGACCUCACAGCUGAGGACUGUAUGUGGGUUCUGUGUCACUCGCCCAGCCUCUCCCUCCUCCAGCUGAUGACCACGCCUCAGCAGGGCCGAGCGGCCAUCUUGUCGGUGGGCGUGGCCUGUUCCACUCUGCUGGCUGACCCUCAGCAGCAGCAGCUCGCUCUGCAGCUCCUGGACAGCUUUGUCAGCAAAGGACGAGGGGUUUUGGAGGAGGUGAUCUUGCAGGACAGCAGCUCUUCAGUGGACGUUUGGACUGACGUGGCCUCUCUGUGCUCUGAGCUGAACCGGGCUGACCUGAGCCGGGCCGUCCUGUCCAUUCUGCUGGAACAAAGCGGGACCAGAAUCAUGUCCCCGGACCUGGAUGGAGCCCGGCUCAUGGAGCACGUCUUCCUGUGAAAUCUGAACAUGAGAUGUAGAAUAAUCACAGAAAGCAAAACCCUACAAAGUGUAAAACAUCAGCUGUUAAUUAUUCUGUUUGUGGCAGAAAACCUUAAAAACUUGUUUUAAACACUUAAGUUCUGGUAGCUGUUGUGUAAAAGCUCAAAUGGCUCUUUAAGAUUCUGUGUUUUAGACAAAAGAAUUUUCUUUCAUCGUUAAUUUCAGAGUCUCUUACACUCAAUUAUUAAA